AUGGCCGUGGUCAGUUCUGUGUCGAUUGAGGAUGCGCAAAGGAUCAAUGACAUAAGGUAUCCUGUUAUUGAUACCUCAGAGAUCUUAGAAAUCAGUGAGGAAAAUCGUCCUGUAAUUGCCGAUGAUAAAACUUAUGUGGCUGUUGGAAAAAGUUUGAAAGAGAGUCAGUCAACACUGCAGUGGGUGAUAGACAAUUCAGGAGGUAGACAGAUAUGCAUAGUUCAUGUUCACCAACCUGCAGAGAAAAUCCCCUUUUCGGGGAUCAUACACACACAUCAAGUCGUGGCAUACCAUAAAGCGGAGAGGCAACGUAUGCUACAACUUCUCGACAGAUAUAAGCAUACAUGCCAUAAAGCAGGGGUGUGUGUGGAGCUGAAAUAUAUUGAAAUGGAUUCUAUUGAGAAAGGCAUAGUUGAUUUCAUACUUCAGCACAAUGUCAGAAGCCUUGUCAUGGGAGCAGCUGCAGACAAGCAUUAUUCAAGGAGAAUGGUAGACUUGAAGUCAAAGAAAGCCAUCUAUGUGUCUUUACAAGCAGCACCUUCCUGUCAGAUUCAGUUUGUAUGCAAAGGAAACAUCAUUUUCACAAGGCCAGGCAGGUUAGAUGGGGUUGAUGUUUCAACAUCAUCUUCAUCACUCUUAUUAAAUGCAAACUCUGAUUCUGGACAGAGUCCCUUGAUGGCAAGAUCAGUUAGUGAAGGACAGAAUACAAAAUUACAGAUCAAUCGUUCAACUCAAGACUAUCGCAGAGUCAUGUCUGACAAUCAUAGGACCAGAAUAUCCACCACAUUGCCAGAUAUCAAUGUUGGGUCAAUGCCUGACAAUGGAUUUAAUUCAGGAAGGGCCUCUGCUGAAUGGGGUGGGAUGUCUCAGAGAAGUCUUUCCUCUCGUUCACGAUUGUCUACAGUUUCUAGUGAAGUGGUAGAUGAUUCAGCAUCAAUAACAUAUACAAUAACUGAAGGCAGUGAAGUUGAUACAGACUUUGGUGCGGUACCUAGAUUCAUAGAGAACGCUCAUAAUCUCUUAUACAUGGAACUACUGCAGGAAAGAGGUGCGAGUGAUGAGCUUUAUGAUCAGCUCGUACAAGCCAUGGCCGACUCAGAAAAUUCCAAAAGAGAGGCAUUUGACGAGUCUAUCAGGCGCAGGAAAACAGAAAGAGAUACCAUUGAGGCUAAACGCAAGACCAAAGCAUCAGAAAAUUUGUAUGCAGAAGAACUUAGACGGAGGCGAGAGAGUGAAGAAACUCUGGAAAAAAUCAAGGGAGAGCACAGAAAUUUGAAAAAAGAGCUAGUUGAAAUUUCAGAAGAACUCCGCAUGACACUUGAGCAUAAAUCAUCUCUCAAAAGUCAAGUUGCAGUUUUUCACCAAACGGUGCAGGAGCUAGAACAGAAGAUGUUAUCUACAGUUGAACUGUUGCAAAAUUACAAAAGGGAACGUGAUGAGUUGCAGUUAGAGUGUGAUGAUGCACUUAGACUGGCAGAGGAACUGAGGGAGAUGCAAUCAAAUGAAGCCUCAAGCUCCAGUGUCUCUAAGUUCUAUACUGAGUUCUUGUUUGCAGAAGUCAAAGACGCCACUCACAACUUUGACCCAAUUUUCAAGAUUGGAGAAGGCGCUUAUGGAAGUAUAUUCAGAGGUUUUCUUAGGCACACCGAAGUGGCCAUAAAGAUAUUGCACUCUCAAGAAUCCUCAGAAUUUCAGCAGGAGGUGAAUGUUUUGAGCAAACUCAGGCAUCCAAAUAUUGUAAUCUUAUUAGGAGCCUGUCCAGAUGCAUCGAUAAUCAUCUACGAAUAUCUUUCGGGAGGAAGCCUUGAAGAUCGCCUCAACUGCAAACAUAAUACUCCCCCAUUAUCAAUGCAGCAUAGAAUCCUGAUAGCUGCUGAAUUAUGUUCAGUUCUUAUUUUUCUUCAUUCUUGUGGCAUCGUUCAUGGUGAUCUAAAUCCCGCUAACCUCCUUCUAGACAAGAACCUGGUUACCAAGUUAAUUAACUUUGGAACCUGUGGCGUGCUUUCGCGAAACAAGUUUGCAAUCCAUCACACAUCUUCGUUACAAACUGAUGCAAAGAGUAGGCUUGUGUAUGUGCCCCCUGAAGUGCUUUCUAGUGGAGAGCUUACUUCAAAGUCAGAUACAUUUUCUUUCGGUAUUAUACUAUUGAGGUUAUUGACGGGUAAGCCUGCUAUAGGUUUAACAAAGGAAGUGCAGCAAGCACUGAAUAAAGAUAACUUAAAGAGUAUACUGGAUCCCACAGCAGGGGACUGGGCGUUUGUGCAGGUACAACAGUUGGUUAUCCUAGGAAUGAAUUGCUGUGAUUUGGUUUGGGAAAAGAGGCCCGACCUUGCGUCUGAGGCAUGGAAGGUGCUUGAACCAAUGCGGGUUUCUUGUGGACCGUCCUUGUUUAGAUAUGUCCCUGAAAGACAAAGCCAGAUUCCACACUACUUCAAUUGUCCCAUCUUUCAGGAAAUGAUGGAUAAUCCAGUGGUUGCGGCUGACGGAUAUACUUAUGAAGCAGAGGCUAUAAAAGGAUGGUUAGACAGUGGGCAUAACACGUCGCCCAUGACAAACCUUGAGCUUCCCAACUCCAGCCUUGUCCCGAACAAGGCACUUCGGUCUGCCAUUCAAGAAUGGCUUCAACACCCAUGAA